GACUUCUGGGAUUUGUGGUCCCGGAGAGGGGAUUGGCGAAGGAGAAAGACUGAGAGUCGUCUUUCCUUUGCUCGAUUCCGUGGACUGCUCGGACGCCCCGCGGUAGGCCAAACCCGUUUCUUAGGAAACCAGGCAUCCAGGGCAGGCAGAAUGGCUUCCUUUGGGUGGAAGAGGAAAAUUGGCGAGAAGGUCUCAAAGGUCACUUCCCAGCAGUUUGAAGCUGAAGCUGCUGAUGAGAAGGAUGUAGUCGACAAGGAUGAAGGGAACUGGCUUCAUGCCAUUAAACGUAGGAAAGAAAUUCUUGAAGGCUGUGCUGAGAAAAGUAAACAGCUGAAGGACGAAGGAGCCAGUUUGGCUGAAAAUAAAAGAUAUCGAGAGGCAAUUCAGAAGUGGGAUGAAGCACUACAGUUAACUCCAAAUGAUGCUACGCUAUACGAGAUGAAAUCACAGGUGCUAAUGUCUCUUCAUGAAAUGUUCCCAGCAGUACAUGCAGCAGAAAUGGCCGUCCAGCGAAAUCCACAUUCAUGGGAGUGUUGGCAAACUUUGGGACGUGCUCAACUUGGAUUAGGAGAGAUAAUCCUGGCAAUUCGAAGUUUUCAAGUAGCCCUUCAUAUCUAUCCAAUGAACCCUGAAAUAUGGAAAGAAGACCUCUCUUGGGCAAGAACGCUCCAGGAACAGCAGAAGGUAGCGCAGAGGAUUAAAAAAAGUGAAGUACCAACUGAAGUAACACAUUUUUUACCAAAGUCAAUUCCAGACUAUGAUUUUGAAAGUGAUGAGAUUGUUGCUGUUUGUGCGGCUAUUGCUGAAAAAGAGAAGACAGUUUCAGCAAAUAAAACAAUGGUCAUUGUGUCCGCCUCUGGGGCUGUAGAAACUGUAACUGAAAAGGAAGAUGGUGCUACACCACCAGAUGGCUCUGUUUUUAUCAAAGCCCGAUGAAGCAGUAUGCAUAAGAUUAUUUGAAUCUGUCUUUUUGAUGGCCACUUGAAUUUUUGACAUAGAGACACAUACGCUGGAGAUAGCAGAACUCUUGGUUGUAAAAUAAGUUUUUCAGAUGAGGCAUAUAAAAACUAAAAAGGCAGGAUUCUUGUAUAGUGUUUGGAAUAUGCUUUAAUAAGUUAUGAUUUAUAUUUCUCAAGGUUAAAAUUCUGAGUAAAAUGUUUUUGUGAUUAAUAAACAGUUUAAUCUGAAUAUGUAAAUGAAUACAUUUGAAAGACAACUUGAAAAGUGUAUUCUUGAAUAGUUAAUAACUUGGCCAAUGAUACUGAAAUGCUGUCUCAACUUUUCUUUUAUGAUAAAGAAAGUGUGUGAUUUCCCUCCCUCAGAGAAAUAUACUGCUCUUACUAUUUACUCUUUUUCUUGCUUCAUUGGAGUAAGUCUGUCAGAAAGCUUGAGUAUUUUUGACAUUCAUUUUGAUUCAAAGUUGUCAUUUGGUUAUAUGUGGACUCCUUGAAAGUUUGGCUGAAAAUGCACGCAAAUAUGUACGUUCUGAACAUUUUCUGAAGUUUCUCUUAAUUCUGAUUUGUGUUUUUGUUUUGACUUUGAAGUAUAACAGUGAUAGUUGUCUCCUUCAGUACUUGUUAGAAGUGUGAAGUAUUGAUAAAUAUGAGAAUGAUGGUUUUAUUUUUUAAUUGUUACAGUAAGUAAUCCUUACCACAAAUGAGUCAUUUUUAAAAUAUGUAUUUUUAAAUGAAUGGCUUUUACAGAUAGGUUAAUACAACUGUACUGCUAUAUUAUCCUAGUCAAAACCAAUGCUUUAUUUUCUUUGUUUUACAAAGCUUUAAAAACCCUGGAAACAACUUAUUUCUUGCUUAUAUGUUUCCAUCUGAUGAUUGGGACUUAUCUAGAUAACUUUUUUUGAAACUACUCAGUGAAAUAAAAAAUAAUUACAAUUAAAAAUAGCUAAUUAUACCUUUCUAAAAAUAAAAAAGUAGCGCUGUUAUUAGCAUGCCAGUGAAUAAAUAAGCACAAAAUACAAAGAAAAUGUAAUGUGAUUUAUAGUACAGUCUCAUGAGUAUGAGAAACCUAUAUUAAAGAAAUAUUUUAUUGAAAGGCCACAAUCACAUUCACAAACCAAUACUGUCAUUGCUAAUCUGAACUAUUAUUUUUAUACUGUAUAUUGUAGUACAAUAAUAUAGACCUGUUGGGUUCUGUUACUUCUGUCACUCAGGAAGAUAUUAUUGGUGUAAAAUUAAUUUUAUCUUUGUGAGGAAUGAAAGUAGCCCUCUUUGUGUUAAACAUCUUACUACUAUUGGAGCAUGUAAGUAAAGAUCUACAUUUUUUAUGAAGAUGGUUUUUAAAACUUUUGUUUCAUUGGAAUGCAUAUCUCUUUUCUGAGUUGAAGAAAUUAGCACUUGCCUUGAAAAUAAUAUUCUUUCCCUGAGUUAUAUCAUCAGAAAAUUAGCUCUGGUUAGAGAGGUUCGUUUGAGUGCUCAAAAAAAAAAAAUACAUUAAUUAUAUAUAUUUUUGAGAAUAAAGAACUUUCUCAAAAAGUAAAUAUGUAUCUAGAGAAGUGAGUACUCAACAUUUGGUAUAUUGUUUUGAGUAGUGGAUGUUUGUUUACUGUGUAAUUUGUGAAUAAAUAUUUUCUUCUGCAUUUUGAA